AUGGACCAACGUCGGACUCUGGAGCUGCAGCUGGUCUCCGCCAAGGACCUGAAGAAUUGUAUCCUCUUGACCAAGAUGGACGUCUACGCCGUGGUCUCCGUCGACGGCGAACCAACAACGGCAAGCAAAGUAGGACAACCACACUCGUCCGAAACUGCGGCACUAACCCCACGUUCAACUUCCUCAUUCGCUUCACCCUCGACGACUCUCUACGUACUCACCCAACACAACUGCCUCUCCAUUGAAAUCGAACUCAUCGACGUCGUCCACAUCACCCUCAAGGUGCUCCUCGACUCCGCCGACCCCAAGAAAAUGAAGCUCAUCUCACGUCGCCUCCGGGGUAGGCAGAAUGGCGAGCCCAGCUGUUCGAGGACAAGUUCGCCGUGCCGGUCAAGAAGUUAA